UUCCCGGUAUGGGCGGGCCCCGCCCCGUUCCCGGUAUCGCCGGGGCCGCCGCCAGCUCCAUGUCGCGCAGGGCCAUGGGGCAGCCCCGGCGCAUCACCGACUCCUUCCCGCGGCGGCGGCGGCGGCGGGGCCCGGGGCGACCCCCGGGCAGGCUCAAGGACAAGGAGAAGGAGAAGGCGCAAGGGAAGGCGAAGGUGCGGGACCGCCCUCCCGCCGCCCCGCAGCCCCCGCCGGACCCGGCGCUCCUGGAGAUGCUGCGGCGCUUCGACCUCUGCUGGGAGUACGGACCCUGCACCGGGAUCACCCGCCUGCAGCGCUGGGAGCGGGCGCAGGCGCUGGGGCUGAGCCCCCCCGGCCCCAUCCGGGACGCGCUCCUGGAGCACCGCGACAACCCCCAUGUCACCUACAGCCUCUGGCACGAGUACGAGCUCUGAGUCGCCGCGCCGAGGGAGGAGAGGGGGGGGCCGUGCCCGCCGCCCCCCGGCCCCCAUCGCGGGGGUACUGGGUGCUGUCGGGCUGGGGUGAAGCCCCUCGGGGCGCUGGGGGAGGGCGGGGGGUUGCACCCCUUCCAGAAUAGCCAGGCAGGGUGUCCAGGUGCCGGGACCCCCUUCUGCUUCCCCCCUCACUUCGGGGACGCCCCGACCCGCCAGGAGCCCCCCAGACCCCACAGAGGGUCCUGAUCCACAGUGAGGGGCUCAGCCGUCCCCCAUCCUAGGUAACCACCUUUGGCGGUGGGUGGAACAAGACUGGGACCCCGGGGGAAAAAAAAAAAAAAAUCAGCUGUCAGGUUGGAGAAAGGGAGGCGGAAGCGUAGCAAAAAAAGUCCGAAAAUGGGGAAAAAGUUAAGGAUUAAGUAAGAAUGAGCUCAGGGAGGGUAUUAUGAAACUAGGGGUGCAGGUGACUGUGGAUUGUGCUGCUGUUGUCACACUGUCUGGCAGUAGGGAGGGAAGAGUGGACAAUGUCCCGCGAGAUUCAUGUAAUUAAGAGCCUUAAAUAGCAGCUUUGAUGUGUGCAGUCAUAAAGUAAUAACGGGGAUGUUUGUUAAUUAUUUAGUUUAUUGGUGACUUUAUUCAUCCGCUUUUUCUGUUGCUUAACCAAUAAAAUUGUUUGUUUCUAUCCCAAG